UAAUUUAUUGUGACCACGGGAUAACACUAAAUACUAAGAAAUUACUAUUUUUGUUGUUUAGUUUGCGUUUCUGAGAACCAAGGACAAAUAUUUAUUGUAUGAGCAAACUUGCAAAGCAUGCAUGACUUGGUAGUUAAGCCAUGAAGAUUAACAUCAAUUUUUAGCUUUCUGUUCAUAACAAAUUCUCCUCUAUCUUGUACUCGAUCAAAACAUUUGCAUUUCUGGUGCCACCUAUCAAAAGAAUUCUCAAACAGAGAAAAACUAAAUUUUCCAUUUUUCACAUCUGUAGGGUGAUCAAGCCCACAAUAUAUAUUGAAGGCCAUAGAUCCUCAUGUCGAUGCAUAUGUUCAUGAAACAUGCAUGUCUUCUUAGUUUUUAACCCCUGUAACCAGAGCAAUAAUCAAGGGUCCAUAAACAUAGAAAGAAGAGAGGGCCAUUGAAGAUGGUGGGUUCAAGGAAACGGCUAGUUCUUAAGAUGGUGGCUGUAAUGGUGAUCAUGAAACUGUUAUGUGCAGAAUGCAGAGACCCAGUUCUCCACAGAGUUGGAGGAGGAAGGUAUGGUUGGAAUCCUGAAACUAACUUCACAGAAUGGUCGAUUCAUGAGCAUUUCUAUGUGGGUGAUUGGCUUUAUUUUGGAUUUGACAAGAAAACGCAUAGUGUUCUGGAGGUGAACAGGUCGAGCUAUGAGAAAUGCAUUGACAAAGGCUUCAUAAGCAACAUUACAAGAGGUGGGAGGGAUGUUUUUAAUCUAACAGAGGCAAAGACUUAUUACUUCCUUGAUGGCCGAGGCUUUUGCAUCAAGGGAAUGAAAGUUUCAGUUCUUGUUGAAGAAUAUUUCCCACCAAUACGACCUCUUUCUUCGCCACCAGAUAGUCCAAGACCUCUUUUUCCCAAUGAUGGUUUCCCAUUCCAUGCCGUCCCACGGAUGACUCUAAUUGCAACUGCUUUGGCAUUUUCUUUACUUCUUUAAUGCUUCGGCUAAUAAUAAUAAUAAUAAUACAAAAGGUACACGAAUCCCAAAUUCGUAUUUUAUGUUUAAAAUCUAAGCACUUGUAGAAAACAAGAUCAAGUUAACUUUGAUUUUUGGUAGUGUCCACUUCACAUCAUAAUGCAUGCUGAUCCUCACACAUGAAAGUACUCGAAAAUAUUUUUUCUUCUGAUCUAAAAAUUUACAGCAUCACAGAGCAAUGCAAGUACAUUUGAUCUUGUCUUUUUCUUUUCUUCUUUUGACAAUUAAUUCAUUAUUAAUACUCUUCC